UUUUUUUCUUCGAUAUUAUAAUUUAACUAAAUAACUUAAUUGUAUAAUAAGCAUUUUUUGUUUUCUUGAUUACUUUUGUUACCAUAUUGUAUAAUAUUAAAUACUUAUUAUUUAGUUUUAAUUUUCAAUGAAUCAAACAUUUGAUGUAGCACCACCAUUGCAAUUAGCAAGACCAAGUCAAUCAGAUAUAAAAUACAAAUUAGUCGUAGUACAAAAUCCAGUUAGAGCUAGAGCCUGUGGAUUUGGAGAAAAGGAUAGAAGAGCUAUUGACCCUCCUCCAAUAGUACAACUUAUUUCUGAAAAUUCAAAAGGUGAAAGAGUUGAAACAAAGACCAAAGAUUCUAUGCUUUUCGUAGUUCAAUGUGAACUUUAUAAUAAAGAGCAAACAGAAACUAGAUCAGUUGUAUAUACAGAUAAAUCUUCAACGAAGCAUCCUAAUAAAUAUCGUAAUUUAAUUGGAUCAACUGUUUCUAAUGCUUAUCAUCUUGUUAACGAAAGUAAUGAACCGGGCAUUUAUUUUGUCUUCCAUGAUUUAUCUGUUCGAACUGAAGGUACUUUUUCACUUAAAUUCAUUUUUAUCAAUUUGGCUGCUGGUGAGCCAUUAACAAGGACAACUAAAGUACAAGAAGAAGUUUUUUCGGAGCCAUUUCUUGUUUAUUCAGCUAAGAAGUUUCCAGGUUUGACAGAAUCCACGCCACUUUCAAAAUGUUUUGCAAGACAAGGAAUAAAGAUUCCGAUUCGACAGGAUCCAGCCUAUAAAAAAAUUGAAAAUAUUCUUCAUGUUGAAGAACGAUAUAAUGAUGAUACUGCAAAAAAACAUAAUGCUAAUAAAGAAGAAAAAAAAGAAAACAAUAAUAAUGAGGUCGAAUCAUCAAAUCAUCAAAAAAAGAAACCAGAUUAUAAACGAAUUUCUAUUUCGGAUUUUCUUUCCCCUGAAUAAAUGGGGUUUGAAAAUUUUACGCUUUGUUAUCAAAGGCAACAAAUAAGCAUGAUUCUUAAUAUUUAAUCUCAGACUUUAACUCCGUCUUUUUUUUCAGGAUUUUAGUCUAUUUCCCUUAAACGAAUCAAAGCUUGUUUCCACUUUGUCAUAUUAUUACUAUUAUUACUAUUAUUAUUAUUAAAAAAUGUUACAUUACAAGCUUUACAUUCCCCUAUAAAUUUUAAAAAAAAUUAUCAGAUAGAAUUGAC